AUUUGAGCUGAAGCGUUCCAGACGCGGAUUUAGGUAAGUUGUUAUUGGUUGGAUGUGUAAGAAGUAGAACGAGUGGCAGUGAUCUGAACCUGCCAUGGGCCACUGGGUGGCAAGGCUGUCUCAAUUCUGGAAUCAGCUUUAUUCAGCUACAACGAGCAGCAGCUUCACAUGGACUUCGGGAACGCCUCCCUCCCUCCCUCCUCAGAGUACUCGCGUCGAGACCAAGCUUACAAGACAACUGUAUGACAUGGACAACCCUUGACGGCACAUAUACCUAUGAGGUACAUAGCCAUGAUUAAGAGAGAGUCUAGCUACACAUUGUACCGGGGGAUCUGCUGCUGCUCUGCAUCCCGCCGGAUAACUGGGUCUCGGCGAGCAUAAUCCCCCCGAAGCGGGCAGAAGAGAUUCUUUGCUGCGUGGAGACAAACCAGUCCUGAUCAAAGAAUACACUAAUGGCGAGCAGGUAAGAAGACGAUAACGAUAAUUGCGGGAGUCCACGAAUUCAUGUGAGUUGUUGUUGUACAAGUGGUCCAUCCCAGGAAAUUAUAGUAACUCGGAACAGCUUUUAGUGGGAUGGAGGGGGUGGGGAAGAGUGAGAGCCCGGUUGCUGGGAGUGGUCUUGUAAUCUAGCAUGGAUUCCAUCUCCUUUUCUUGUUCCCAUGCAACUCGACUCUUGUUAGGGUGAGGGAGAAGGAAUCAUGUACAUGUCAUAUAAAUAGCAGCGAGAGUGCGGUGGAGGUGGAGGUGGAGGUGGAGAUGGAGAUGGAGGUCUGGCUUUCCUUGUGGGCGGUCGGCGUCUGCGGCUUGCUUCUGAUCUACUUCUACUCCGUCGCUUGGCUGCGGCCGGAGAGCAUCCGAAACAAGCUGCGGCAGCAAGGCAUCACCGGCCCUCCGUCGUCCUUCCUCUACGGGAACUCCCUCGAGAUGAAGAAGCUCGUCAUGGCGGAGCGAUCUCGAGGCGGGCGAGGCGUGGAGAUAAAGCACGACUACACCCCCCUCGUGUUUCCUUACUUCGAGCGGUGGAGGAAACACUACGGUCCAGUGUUCUCGUAUUCGAUGGGCAAUGUAGUCGCCUUGCACGUGAGCCAUCCGGAUCUUGUGAAGGAAAUCAGCCUCUGUUCAUCUCUGGACCUGGGAAAGGCCACCUACUUGAAGAAGACCCAUGAGCCUCUGUUCGGUGAAGGCAUUCUGAAAUCCAAUGGGGUGUCUUGGUCUCACCAAAGGAAGAUUAUAGCACCCGAGUUCUUCUCCGACAAGGUUAAGGGCAUGGUGGAUUUGAUGGUGGACUCUGCCAUCCCUGUGCUGAAGUCGUGGGAGGAAACAGUGGAGCUCGGAGGAGGAACUGCAGAAAUAAAGGUUGAUGAGGAUUUAAGGUGCUACUCUGCAGAUGUGAUCUCCAGAACAUGUUUCGGGAGCAACUACAUCAGGGGGAAAGAGAUCUUUCAGAAGCUGAGAGCGCUGCAAAAGGCUGUUUCAAGACCCAAUCUCUUCGCUGAAAUCACCGGAUUAAGGUGCUGCUGCUAUCUAUAUAUGAUCCCCCUUUCAUCCCCCCCGCCGUCUCUGUUGCUUCUGAGAUGCCAAGUAUGCUGGCGUCCUGACAGAUGUCUUCCCACGAAAAGAGGCCGAGAGGUGAGGAGGCUGAACAAGGAAGUGAAUUCCCUCAUCCUGAAGACGGUGAAGGAGGAGGGCGAGGGAAGGGAGAACCGCACGUCGCAGCACAGCCUGCUGCAUGCCAUCCUCCGCAGCGCCAACAACGGCCUGACCUACACCCACGCCUCCGACAGCUUCAUAGUGGACAACUGCAAGAACAUAUACUUCGCCGGCCACGAGGCCACUGCCGUGGCCACGACGUGGUGCCUCAUGUUGCUCGCCCUGCACCCGGAGUGGCAAGCUCGCGCUCGCGCCGAGGCGGCGGAGGUCUGCGGCGGCCGGUCGCUGGACGCCCACGCACUCCAAAAGAUGAAGACGUUAACCAUGGUGAUCCAGGAGACGCUGCGACUGUACCCUCCCGGAGCAUUCGUGGCGAGAGAGGCACUACAGGAGAUGGAGUUUGGGGGGAUUCACAUCCCCAAAGGCGUCAACAUCUACGUGCCCGUCUCCACCUUGCACCACGACGCCACCAUCUGGGGUGCAGACGUGCUGGAGUUCAAGCCCGAGAGGUUCUCCCGGGGCAUCAUGGGGGCGUGUCAGCUCCCACAGACGUACUUGCCCUUCGGGGCCGGGCCACGGACGUGUCUGGGCCAGAACUUCGCCAUGAUCGAGUUGAAGGUCAUCCUCUCCCUCAUCCUCCUUAGGUUCAGCUUCUCAUUGUCACCGAACUACUUCCACUCCCCAUCCUUGAGAUUGAUUGUAGAGCCUGAGUUCGGAGUGAAGCUCAUGGUGAAGAAGGCAUGACAUGAUGACUCGCCUAACCUGAUUAUAUAUAUAUAUAUAUAU